CUGCGUUGGUCUUCGGAUCUGGGGGUGAGGGUGCCAUGGCGCCCGGCUGUAAAACUGAAUUACGCAAUGUGACAAAUGGUCAGUCUAGCCAACCAAGUAAUGAAGGUGAUGCCAUCAAAGUUUUUGUUCGAAUUCGUCCUCCUAAAGAGGGUUCUGGAUCAACUGAUGGGGAGCAAAAUCUAUGCCUAUCUGUGCUCUCCCCCACGACUCUUCGACUGCAUUCCAAUCCUGAGCCCAAGACCUUCACGUUCGAUCACGUAGCAGACAUGGACACCACGCAGGAGUCUGUGUUCUCAACUGUGGCCAAGGGCAUUGUGGAGUCUUGCAUGAGUGGAUAUAACGGUACCAUCUUUGCAUAUGGGCAGACUGGCUCAGGCAAAACAUUUACUAUGAUGGGACCAUCUGAAUCUGAUAAUUUUUCUCAUAAUCUGAGAGGAGUAAUCCCACGGAGCUUUGAAUAUUUAUUUUCCUUAAUUGAACGUGAAAAAGAGAAGGCUGGAGCUGGAAAGAGUUUCCUUUGUAAGUGUUCUUUUAUUGAAAUAUACAACGAACAGAUCUAUGACUUACUGGACUCUGCAUCAGCUGGACUGUACUUAAGGGAGCACAUCAAGAAGGGGGUCUUUGUUGUUGGUUCAGUGGAGCAGGCAGUGACCUCAGCUGCCGAAGCCUAUCAGGUAUUGUCUGGAGGGUGGAGAAACAGACGCGUGGCAUCAACAUCAAUGAACAGGGAAUCCUCCAGGUCUCAUGCAGUCUUUACAAUUACAAUAGAGUCAAUGGAAAAAAGCAACGAGACUGUCAAUAUACGGACCUCCCUGCUCAACCUGGUGGAUUUAGCAGGAUCUGAGAGGCAAAAAGAUACCCAUGCAGAAGGAAUGAGGUUGAAGGAGGCAGGUAACAUAAACCGAUCACUGAGCUGCCUGGGCCAAGUGAUUACUGCACUUGUGGACGUGGGAAACGGGAAACAGAGACAUGUUUGCUACAGAGACUCCAAACUUACCUUCUUACUUCGGGAUUCCCUUGGAGGUAAUGCCAGAACAGCUAUAAUUGCAAAUGUUCAUCCUGGAUCCAGAUGUUUUGGGGAAACCCUGUCAACACUUAAUUUUGCCCAAAGAGCCAAGCUUAUUAAAAAUAAGGCUGUGGUAAAUGAAGACACCCAAGGUAAUGUGAGCCAGCUGCAAGCUGAAGUGAAGAGACUCAGAGAACAACUGGCCCAGCUUAGUUCAGGACGGAUCCUUUCCGAAGGCUUUCUGACCAGAGACAAAGAUGACACUAAUUACGAGAAGUAUUUCCAGGAGGCAAUGUUAUUCUUUAAGAAAUCUGAACAGGAAAAGAAGUCUCUGGUAGAAAAAGUCACUCAAUUAGAAGACCUCACCCUCAAAAAAGAAAAAUUUAUUCAAUCUAAUAAAAUGAUUGUGAAGUUUCGAGAGGAUCAAAUAAUGCGCCUAGAGAAGCUCCACAAGGAAUCUCGGGGGAGUUUUCUGCCUGAGGAGCAGGAUCGUUUGCUGUCAGAGCUAAGAGAUGAGAUUCAAACUUUGAGAGAGCAAGUAGAACACCACCCCAGAGUUGCAAAAUAUGCAAUGGAAAAUCAUUCCCUGAGGGAGGAGAAUAGAAGGUUGAGAUUAUUAGAGCACGUAAAAAGAGCCGAAGAAAUAGAUGCCCAGACCAUUGCAAUACUAGAAAAAGCUUUCUCCGAAAUCUCUGGCAGAGAGAAAAGUGACAAAAAUGAGCCAGUAUUCUCUCCUAAAGCUUUAAAGGAAUCAAGUUCAUUAGCAAACACUGAGAAGCUAAAAGCCCAACUCCUACAAAUUCAGAAAGAGCUGAAUAAUUCAAAACAAGAAUAUGAAGAAUUCAAAGAACUAACUAGGAAAAGGCAACUGGAAUUAGAAUCAGAGCUUCAGUCUUUGCAUAAAGCCAACCUUAAUCUUGAAAAUCUUUUGGAAGCAACAAAAGUCUGUAAGCGGCAAGAAGUUUCUCAGCUGAACAAAAUCCACGCUGAAACAAUUAAGAUUAUAACUACGCCAACCAAAACUUGUCAGCUUUGGUCUCGACCAGUUCCCAAAUUAAGUCCUGAAACAGCAAGAUUUGACUCUGUACGCAUUCCGAAUUAUAGCACCUUAGAUAACGAUAUCCUAAAUGAGCCAGUGCCGCCUGAGAUGAGUGAGCAAGCUCUUGAGGCCAUUUCUGAGGAACUUAGAAUGGUGCAGGAACAAAUGAGUGUCCUUCAAGUGAAGCUGGAUGAAGAAGAGCAUAAAAAUCUAAAGCUCCAGCAGCACAUUGACAAAGUGGAGCAUCAUUCUACACAGAUGCAGGAGCUUUUUUCAUCAGAAAGAACUGACUGGACCAAACAGCAGCAAGAAUAUCUUUCACAAUUGAAUAAUCUUGACAAACAGCUUCAAGACACUCAAACUAAGAAUGACUUUUUGAAAAGUGAGGUGCAUGACCUUCGAGUAGUUCUUCAUUCUGCAGACAAGGAGCUGUCUUCUGUGAAACUGGAGUAUAGUUCGUUCAGAGAGAGUCAAGAGAAAGAACUCAGUGACCUUUCUGAAAGACACGUGCAUAUACAGCUUCAGCUAGAUAAUGUCAGAUUUGAAAAUGAGAAGCUUCUUGAGAGCAAAGCCUGUCUACAGGAUUCCUUGGAGAAUUUACAAGAAGUAAUGAAGUUUGAAAUUGACCAACUUUCAAAAAACCUUCAAAACUGCAAAAAUGAAAAUGAGACUCUGAAAUGUGACCUGAAUAACUUGGUAGAGCUUUUUGAGGCAGAAAAAGAGCGCAAUAACAAGUUAUUAUUACAAUUUGAAGAAGAUAAAGAAAACAGUUCUAAAGAAAUCUUAGAAGCUCUUGAGGCCGUACGCCAGGAGAAGCAGAAGGAGGUGGCUAAGUGUGAGCAGCAGAUGGCAAAAGUGCAGAAACUAGAAGAGACUGUGUGUGCUACUGAAAAAAUGAUCAGUUCUCUGAAGAAGUCUAGAGAUACUGAUAAGGAAGUGGUGGCUGAGCUCAUGAACCAGAUCCAGGACUUAAGACUGUCAGAGAAACAGAAAACAGAAACUGUAGAUACGCUGAAACAAGAACUGAAGGACAUAAAUUGCAAAUACAACUCUGCUUUGACUGACAAAGAAGAGACCAAAGUGUUGCUUAAGAGGCAGGAAAUGGAAAUUCUGGAUCUAAAAGAAAGCUUGAGGUUGAGAAUACUCUCUGAGGACAUUGAGAGAGACAUGCUCUGUGAGGACUUGGCUCAUGCCACUGAGCAGCUUAACAUGCUCACAGAGGCCUCAAAAAAGCACUCAGGGCUGCUGCAUUCUGCUGAGGAGGAGCUUUCCAGAAAGAAUGCUCUGAUCCAGGAACUCCAGCAAGAGCUUAACCAAAAGAAAGAAGAAGUAGAACAGAAAAAGAAUGAAUAUAAUCUCAAAAUGAGGCAGCUAGAACACGUGAUGGAUUCUGCUGCCAAGUAUCCCCAGAGUCCUAAAACACCACCGCAUUUUCAAACACAUUUGGCAAAGUUCUUGGAAACACAAGAACAGGAAAUAGAAGAUGGAAGAGCCACUAAGAUUUCUUUACAACACCUUAUAACAAAGCUAAAUGAAGAGAGAGAAGUCAAAAAUGCCGAAAUCCUCAGAAUCAAGGAGCAGUUGUGUGAAAUGGAAAACCUACGCCUGGAAGCUGAGCAGUUAAGAGAGAAAAACUGGCUCCUGCAGGGUCGGCUGGAUGAUAUUAAAAGACAAAAGGACAACAGUGAGCAGAAUCAUCCAGACAGCCAGCAGCUAAAGAGUGAACAAGAAGAAGUGAUCAAAGAGAGACUUGCUAAGAAUAAAUUAGUUGAAGAAAUGCUGAAAAUGAAGGCAGACCUUGAAGAAGUCCAGAGUGCCCUUCAGAACAAAGAGAUUGACUGCCUUAGAAUGACUGAAGAAGUUGAAAGGACCAGAACUUUGGAAUCUAAGGCAUUCCAGGAAAAGGAACAACUGAGAUCAAAGCUGGAAGAGCUGUAUGAAGAAAAGGAAAGAACAUCCCAGGAAUUGGAAACGUUAAGGAAGCAAGUAGAAUGUCUUGCUGAGGAAAAUGGAAAGUUGGUAGGUCACCAAAACUUACAUCAGAAGAUUCAUUAUGUAGUGCGACUGAAGAAAGAGAAUGUCAGACUUACUGAGGAGACAGAAAAGUUGCGUGCUGAAAAUGUAUUUUUAAAAGAAAAGAAAAAGUGAAUCAUAAGAAUGCCAGUUAACUGCCUAGAAUCAGCUUGUCUGGAAAGGUUCUCUCUUGUAAAAGUAAGAUGCCACCCCUGCACACUUACUGGAGCUGAAUUCAACUGUGAUUAUUAACUAAGGUGUUUGUGGGGGUGGAGGGUGAUGGCAGACCCUUAGGUUUCUGAUAAAUGUUCUGCAUACUCCUUGUGGUGGUCAGCAGACUGCCCGUAAGAGGCUGCUACUCUAUUUCAAGACUUCUAACCAACUGUAAAUACUCGGAAACCUUUGCUUUUUUAAAAUAAAAUCCUGUAGCCGAGGUUUUAUAAUGGAUGGUGGCUUGGUCAUUUUCUCUCUAGAUACUGCCUGACACUGGAAGUUCUAACAGUAUGUAAUGGUUCCAAAAUUUGCAGUAAGGGUAAUGCCUGAUUGUGCAGCAUGUAUGAAAAGCAAACUUGUCAACAUAUUUUCGUAUU